GAGCUGAUGAAUUGACGUCUGCCUUACCUGUGUCACAGGUAACACGUCUGCUGCAAUGAGUGGGACUAAGAGGAUUUGUGCGGCUCUGUUUGUCAUUUUGAUGUGCACAUUUGGGUUUUUUUAUAGGUCAAUGAGAAUUGGACUUUAUGAAAAAUGCCAGCCACCUCAACCUAAUAAUAUUUUAGCCUUGUCUGACCAAUUUAUUUCCAAUGACCUUAACCAACAACAGUCAAACACUGAACUACUAAAUCUAAUACAAUGGCCUGAUAAUCCACUAAAAGAGCUCCAGUAUUCUAACUCUACCAGUCCCAAACAAAGUCAAUAUCACAUAGUGAAUAAGAGGGCCAAGUACAAAGUUGGAGAGACUUUAGAAGUUCUCAUCAUGGCCAAAGACCACAUGGCUCGACCCAAGACCUAUGGAGGAGACUAUUUUCGGGUCAAGCUUCACUCUCCGAAAUUUAAAGCUGGAGUAACUGGCCACGUGAAAGACUAUAGAAAUGGAAGCUAUCUAGCAACAUUCCUCCUGCCAUGGCCCGGGGAAGCACAAGUCAACAUCCGUCUCAUUCACUCCAGUGAAGCCGUCUCUGUGUUGAAGGACAAAAGAGAGAAACAUCCAGACAAGGUCUUCUUUCAUGGGUAUUUUGAAUCGAAUGGCGUAAGUGAGGUAAAAGAGUGUAAUCUGAAGGUUUCAGGAGAAAACGUAUGUGAAUAUAAGGACCCUGUUACUGGGGAAAUUUGGCAGUGCGUUAAGCCACAGAAACUACCAUGUGACACCUGGAUCUAUCACUCCAUGGGUUCAUUUCGCCAGGUGACAAAUGCUGUGGAGAAUACACUCCUAAAUAGAUCUGUCACUAAUCAGGAUAUUCCCAGCACAGAGUCACCAAUCAACAUUGAAGCACAAAGCACUAUAAACCUCACCUCUAGUCUUUCAGUUUGUAAGACUGGUCAGGAGCCAACGCAGCCCUCGGGGUAUUAUUAUAAUGACCAGUGGAUAUCCCUGGUAUGUAUGGGGCAACAUUUCCCUCAGCCAGAUGAUGCUCGUGCCUGUCUACGUGGGAAAGAUAUCUACAUGUUUGGCGAUUCCACCCUACGCCAGUGGUUUGAAUAUCUGGAAAAGUUCAUCCCAUCACUCAAGAGGAUAGAUCUCCAUCUUAAUUACCAGUCGGGGCCCUUACUGGCUGUAGAUCUGGACUAUGGGAUAGUAAUGCGCUGGAGGGCCCAUGGACUGCCCCUGAGGACUACCAAGACCUUGACCUCUAACCUACACUACGAGGCAGCACACAUUUCUGGGAUAGGCGGAGGACCUUACACAGUUGUCGUUAUAACACUCUGGGCCCACUUCACUACCUACCCAGUCGAUGUCUAUUUGCAAAGGUUGGCUCGAGUUCGUAAAGCAGUGGCUUCUCUGUUAUUCCGGAGCCCACAAACCACAAUACUCAUCAAAUCUGCUAAUACUGGGUACAAGACAAUAUAUGGAAGUGACUGGUUAUCCCUUCAGCUCGAUAUUUUAAUGAGAGCAGCCUUCAAAGGGAUGGCUGUUACUGUACUUGAUGCCUGGGACAUGACCUCUUGUCAUUAUCUACCCGAUAAUAUUCACCCUGGGCCACCCGUUGUCAGGAAUGAAGUGGAUCUUAUGUUAUCUUAUAUUUGUCCCAAAUGAGAUAGAGUGCAUUAGGAUUUUAUUCCAAACCAAACAAAAAAACAAUUAAUUGCUGCACUACAUAAGUCUUAAAAGCAUUAAUUACUCUCAGGUAUGGGUUGCUUUGAACCUCGGGUUUAUGGUGAAGAUGUUUUUUUUCUUAUUAUUCGUUAAGCAGAAGAAAUCUAGUCAGUGUGGACUUCAGGAAUCUGGGUGAAUUUCUAAAGGUCCAAUGCAGUCUAG